CUCUGACAUGAAGGAUAACUACACGCUCGCAGGAGCGACGGGGGAGUCUGACGUCACCACGGCUAGCGGCGGCAUUAAGUUCAGAUAUUCCAUAGGCAGCGACAGCCCCCACCAGGGCCUGGGUCCUGAGGCCAAUGAUGUUGACAGGUGAGAGUUUUGUCGUGGUAAAACUGAGAGUUAGGAGCACCGAGCCUUAUCGUGUUUCUAUUUAUCGUUUCAUUAAGUCAAAAUCGUUGUAGUUCUCGAGUUUAAAGAUGACAUUUAUUCAAAAUAAGAUGACAUUUCGACAUUAAUUAGAAGCGGACAGCAGUAUGUUGGCUUGCCUCACAUUUUGCUGUUCAUUAAAAUUGAAGGCAGUAUGUUCGCUUGCCUCUUACUCUACUGGGAAUUAGAAUAGACAGCAGCCUGUUCGCUUGCGUUAGUACUUCCCGACUUUCAAUUCUUUGAGGAGACCAAUUUCUCAAAGGAAACAUUCUCAACAUGAUUUUGACAGAAUAUUUAUGAAGACAGCAGUAACCGCAAUUCCAAAAGUCAGUGACAAUUUUUUUACGAGCCCAUACAAAAAGCAACACCCCAUCUCGACUGCCUAUAGAAGGUUCGGAUCCAGCUUGACCUACUUACGUAUCGUUGUCAAAUAGAUCAGUCAGGUUGACUAUUUCCAAUAAAUCAGUCAAGUUGAACUAUUUCCAUUAGAACAGUCAAGUUUAACUAUUACCCAAUGGAUUUAUUUUAAGGGGACGGGUGGGGGUGGCGUUGGGCGGUCUUAACUUAAGCCUAUAUUUGGAAGGAAAUAAAUACAAUAUUCAUAAUCGGAGAGCAUGCUUUUUUUCUUCUAGGCUUAUCGGCAGUUUUAGCUUAAGAGAAAAAAGGGGCCGGGGGGGGGAAGGGGGUGAAAAAAAGGGGGGGGGGGGCUGUGGCGGACGGGGAUAAGAAAUUUAAAAUAGUCUUUUUAACUUAUUACUUUCCCCCUUCAUUAUUUUGAGCAUGCUUUUUUUCUUCUAGGCUUAUCGGCAGUUUUAGCUUAAGAGAAAAAAGGGGCCGGGGGGGGGAAGGGGGUGAAAAAAAGGGGGGGGGGGGCUAUGCGGCACGGAGAUAAGAAAUCUAAAAAUAUCCUUGUACGUCAUUACUUUCCCCCUUCAAUAUUUAUAUCAAUAGUUGCCAAGAAAGAUUAAAUAGUUGUGAUACGAGAGUUUUACAGUGAGGUCAGGAAGUGGUCGUUUUGUUGGUGUUCAUGUGAGUUCAAGUGAAAGAGCACCGGAACUGAAGAGAACUCGUUUGGAAUUCUGAGCUUGCUGAUGCUUCUUGACAGAUUGGAUUAGAGAGUAUUUUGUGACAUUUUGUGACAUUUUGUGACUUGAGUUCGGUGCUGAGAUUUUAAAAAAAAAUGUUAAUGGUUUAUUUAGUGCUAAAAGACAUAGAAAAGGUUAAUUAAGUGAUAUAAGAUAUUUUAAAAUGUAAAUUAUUUAUUUAUUGCUAUAGGAUAUUUAAAAAUGUAAAUGGUUAAUUCAGCGCUGAAAUGUAUUUACAAAGGGAAAUGGUUUAUUUAGUGCUAAAAGAAAUUUUUUAGAAAUAAAUGACGAGCAUUUUAAUCAAUUUGUAAACAACUUCAAAAUAAGACAUUAAGAAAAAUGAACAUUUAAACAGUUCAAAUAAAUUAAAAUUAAUAAUUCAUUUAACAAAAUAAAAUACAAUGACCUCAACAUGGAUACGAAAUAAAGUCAUACUAAUGUUUAGUAGAAUUCCCAUGAAGCGGUCAACAAUAAGUGGACAAUUUGUGUUGAGUAUUUAAUUAUUUUUUUUCUAUUUCCCAAGUUUAAUUUGUAAAUAAGGUUAAAUUUAUAACAAUACAGAAAAUUCAGCCACUUCUUUAAUAAAAAAAAAAAAAACUCAUUAAGAAAAAAGUUAUCAAGUUUGGAAUUUUUUAAAAUGACAAUUUUUGUUGAAUAUUUAAUUAUUUUUUUUCUAUUUCCCAAAUUUAAUUUGUAAAUAAAGUUAAAUUUAAAACAAUACAGAAAAUUCAGGCACUUCUUUAAUAAAAAAAAAAAAAACUCAUUAAGAAAAAAGUUAUCAAGUUUGGAAUUUUUUAAAAAGAUUUUAAAAAUUAAUACUUAUCCACCCCCGCCCCCUAAAAAAAUAAAAUAAAAAAACAACAACAAAGAAAACAACAAAGAAAACAACAACCUAACCCAGUGGGUCUCAACCUUCCUAGUGCCGCGACCCAUCAAUACAGUUCCUCAUGUUGUGGUGACUCCCCAACCAUAAACAUUAUUUUUGUCGCUACUUCAUAAAUGUGUGUUUUCCGAUGUUCUUAGGCGACCCUUGUGUAAGGGUCAUUCCAUCCCCUAAAAGUGUCCUGAUAACAAGAGCAAACAAAAAAAAACACAUAGACAAUAGAUUAUAAAAAUAAAUAAGCGACAUCAAUAAUGAGGUAAAAAUCCUUCCAAUUAAUUGAAUUCCAGGAACCCGCCGUUCUCAACUCAGAUGCCAAGCGGGAAUUCCCAGAACGGCGUCAGCCACCGCUCGUCCCAAGUCUAUGACGUCAGUGUUCCAAUGACGAAAGUCGGAGUCGAGAACACGGCCUACGAGAAUGAGAAACCCGAGAAGCCCAUCGACCUUGACACGGAUGACCACCCGGGGCCGGCUGACGACGCUCCUGUCAGCUACGACCCCCGGAAACCCCCGCUGGCGUACUGCUCGUUCGUGGUGAAGCACUAUAAGUUAGCAUUUUGUAAGUUUAGAAACUUUCUCAGUUUUUUCUCUGCACCUGUCAUAUAUGAUCUUACAUCAAAAAGUUAUAAUAUGAUGAUGAGAAGAAUUUAACAACAUAUCUAUAACACAUAUUAAUUUAUUUCAUUAUGUUUUUUUUUUAAAGCGAUCGAAUUCGUAUUUGAGCUUAGCCCCCUAUGUCCGUUUUGCAGAAGAGAGAUUUAAUCUUCAUGAGAAAAAUUAGAAGCUUUUAAUUUUUUAUUAAUAAUGAAUAAAUUAAUAUAAUCUUCCCAGACUUUACUAUUGGUUAAUGUUAUUAAAUGCAACAAUUUACCAUUGAUCUAUUUCCCCAUCCCCAACCCCGACAAACAUCUUAUCAUAAAAUAGUUCUGACGCUUGGCGGACAUCUGUUAUUUUUAAUCCUCUCCGGAAUAUUGGUGGCGGCAGGAUACAACCUGUUCCCUACAGAUUUUGAAGGGGUGAGUUCAAUUCGUCAAAAAAACUGUUGUUUUUUUUUUUAAAUUUUUUACACUUUAAGUUUGAUUUGCAAUAGCAAUAUAUAAAUAUAUAAAUGUUAACGUGACAAAAAAAAAAUUAUAAUAGAUAACAAGGCGGAUGAACAUGAGAAUAUGUGUGUGUGUGUGUGAAUGAAUGCGUGUGUGCAUAUGUGCACUAUUUCUUUAUUGCACAAACACAAUGUGCACUAUUUCUUUAUGGCGCAGGUUCCUCUCAAUAUGAACAAAGACCCAACCUUUCUAAGGGAACUAGCUUGGAAUUACAGAGAUGAAGACGAGUAAGUACCGACUAAUAGAUUUUACGGUUAAAAUAUUUUUUUUUAAAUUGUUGUUGAAAAAAGUACUUGAUUACUAUAGUCUAAGAUGUUAUUUUUGACACGAUAACAAACGCAUAAGGGGAUUGACAGAGACAUCGAAUGACGUCGUCACAUUGUUUUGAAUAUAGUCCCCAUUCUCACGGGAAAUAUGGGAACAUUGGUUUUAAUUCCCUUUCGCUGUUCUUUCAGUGCAUGCAUCAGUCCUCUAAAUUAUAUUUUGGCAGAGGCGUAGCGAGGGGGGGUGCAGGGGGGACAGAUGUCCCCGGGCGCCAGUUAGUUAGGGGCUUUGAUAUUAUUUUAUUGCUGAAAAUAAUGGGUUUGAGAGUUAAAAAAAAAGAGAAGGGGCGCUAAAAAUGGAUCUUGUCCCCGGGCGCGAAUCUUGUCCCCGGGUGCCAAACACCCUCUCUACGCCGCUGUAUUUUGGUAAAAUAAAAAUAGGUCAAUGUCGUGUUCCAGUGCACUUACACAUCAAAUACAAUACUGUAUAUGCCUGGUCUGGAUGAAAAUAAUUAAAAAAAACUAUUGAUCUGUAUCUAUCUAACUCAUCAUUCUUAUUUAAAUUCUUUGAAAAACUAGUUCUAAGACAAGUUUUUGCUUACUUAAACGACCACUCUCUUCUCAGUCCUAAUGAGUCGGCCUAUAGACCUUUCCAUAGCACUGAGACAGCUCUCUUGAGAGUCGCCAAUGACCUCUUGCUCUUAUUGGACAGCGGUGAUAUCUCCAUCCUGAUCCUCUUAGACCUCAGUGCGUUCUUUGACACUGUUGACCUAGAAGCCUUUUACAAAACCCUUGAAAAUUAAUUUGGAAUUUCGGGAUCAGUUUUGGCUUGGUUUAGGUCCUAUCUCUCCGAUAGAACGCAGGCAGUCGCUAUCGAUGGCUGUCUCUCCGGCAGUGCUAACUUAGUGUACGGAGUGCCACAGGGAUCCGUUUUGAGUCCGGUUCUAUUCACAAUGUAUACGAGGCCACUGCUCCUUUUGCUCGGGAGACAUGCUGUGGAGAGCCAGUCAUUCGCGGAUGACACGCAGCUAUACAGGCAUAACCAUUCCUCUCUUGUCGAUUCCGUUGUCCGGACGGUGCGUGAGAGCAUUGGUGAUGUCAAGCCAUGGAUGACACUCAGCAAGUUGAAAGCUUAACGAUGACAAAACGGAAGCACUCCUUAUUAACGAUCACAAAUCAUCCCCUAACUCAGCUCUCCCCUCUUUAUUUCAUGUAGGUCACUCCGACAUACAGUUUACACCCUCUGCUAGGAAUCUUGGUUAUAUUCUGUCUAACAACAUGUCUCUCCAUAAUCACAUCCCUCACAUUUGUCGCUCUGCAUACACCGCUAUUCUCUCUGUCUAUUCACCCCUUCGACAGCUUCGUUCCUCCGCAGGCGCGCGUAUUCGUUCUGUCCCCAAGACUCGCACAAAAACAUACGGUGAACGAUCGUUCUCUUACUGUGCCCCCCAAACAAUGGAAUUCUGUUUCACUACACAUCCGCAAUAUACCGAACAUCACAGCCUUCAAAACUGCACCCCAAACACAUCUCUUUAAACUCUACUAUCCUGACUGAUUCCCCCCACCCCACCCCACAAUGAUCGAUAAACAAUGCUGCUGGGUAGCCGUCCAUGGCUUGACAUGUAAAAAGUUCUCGAACGUGUAGAAUGAAUAUACCUUUUUUUCGGAGGGUUGGGGAGGGGGGGGUAUUUAGACUAAUUAAUGUUUAUUAAAUUUUUAAGUUCAUGAUUAUGUUUAUUAAAUGUAUGUACAGCGUGGUGAGCCCAGCUCUAGGCUGGGGUACCGCGCUAUAUAAAACCACCACUAAUUUAAAAAAAAAUAAAAUAAAAAUGUAUGGAUUUAGGGUCUAAUCUCUAAAUGUCUAUUAUGCUCACUAUAAAUAUUAAUAAUCUCUAACGAAAAGUGAUUAUAACUCUAAUCGUGCCAUCUUAUAGAAUGUUCUAACCGUAUAUCUUAAAUAGCUGGACUACCGAAAUCAAUUUUAACCGAGUUACGCCUCAUUUGUUUGUGUUGAAACAUUUCUAAGCAUUCCAGCGUGGAAACUGUUAAAAUGAAUGUGUGUCACGUGAUACACGACGACUGCCUUCCAAAAAGGUUCCUGGUCUAGUGGCGGGGUGAGGAAUAAAAAGGAAAAGAGGAGGGGGGUGGUAGGGGGAUCAAGCGUAUGGAUUUUUAGCAUGAAAACUCAUACACCUCUAUACACCUUCUGGCGAUAAGCUAGUACAUGUGCACUCAGAUUUCUCUUCUAGCAAGCUAACUUCGGUGAUGCAGUCAUUUGUGAGUGAUGAUGAUAUUCAUACACGUUUAGCGAGUCCAAAUUCGCGCAGCAGUGACAGCGGUGAACGACGCAGUCUGUCAAAACUAAGCCACAGCAGCUCGGGAAAAUUAGAGUUGUUAUUAUUUGUAGGACUUGAAAUUUUUGAGAAAAAAAAUGAAAAUAAAAAAUAAAAAGAUAUUGGUGAAAGAUUGAGAUAUUUUCUCAUCAUUCUAUGUACCUUUUUUAACACAUGAAUAUUACGUUCCUAAACUUCCUACAAUUGGUUUGUUUCCCAAGUGGCGUUCAAGAUAUAAUAACCCAUGGAAAUAUUUGAACUAUGUGCUCUUUUAGGGUGUGUGUCCAAUAUUUCGGAUAACAGUGACCUCUUAUCAAAGACCGCAUUGCAUCAGCUUAUCACGUUGUUUGGCCUUACACGAUUAUUUUCUUUAGCAAUUGGUUAACACAGAGGUUCUCAAUCAGUGAAACGGUGGUGAUGAAAUACGUAUCCGGAGAUUUGAUUGAAAGAAAUUUCUUCGACGGAAAAUUGCUCACGGAAAUUUGAUCGAACGGAAAGUUGGUCGAAUCUUUUUUAAGUUCACACGUUAAAAUUUUGAGUCAAAUUUCUUUUUUGAAUUCAUUUUUUUGUUUUAAUAUAUAAUAUAGUGCUUUGAAAAAGAAAUUUGAAAAAAAUUUACCGUGUGAACUGAAAAAAUGAUUCGGCCAAAUUUCUGUUCCAUCAAAUUUCCGUCGAUUAAUUUUUCCGUCGACGAAAUUUCUUUCAACUAAAUUUCCGGUAACCGAUGAAAUAUACUCAUAUAACAAUGGUCCGUGUCCGAUUGGAAUAUUAACGGGUCAACAUGGCGCAGUAUUUAUUUCUUAUACUUAUUUCUGCUCAAUAUCCAUUCAAGUACAAUGGUUAUGAAUAAGUUGGCGCAUAAGUUUGAAGAAUAUUUUGUAAACAUUGGGAUUUAAAUAAUAAUAAUUUAAAAAUGUUUGAUUUCACAUUUUUAAGGCAGCGAUUUCAACGCAGUUAAUUAUAUUGCAAUUUAAAAAAAAAUUAAUCAUAUUGUAUGUCCAGCGACAUUUAUGCUAGUAACUUCACUCAGAGGCGAAUUAAUGUUAUACAUUUCUUUGUUUUAUAUAAUAUAUAUAUAUAUAUAUAUAUAUAUAUAUAUAUAUAUAUAUAUAUACGAUGACAUAAAGAAAUUUAGAAAGUUUAUAUUUACAAUGACAAAUCAGAUAUAAUAACUUAAUUUAAUUUAAUUUUUUUAAAGGCACGGAGUUGACACUGUUGUAUAAAUAUUCUCGAAGUUUUUUUUGUUUAGCAAAGAGCGGAAUGUCAGAGUUUUGUUGUACUCUGUUGAACCAGUUGUUGUUGGCCGAGUUCAGUCGCUUGAUUGGAAAUGUUGACAAGACAAUGCCCUCAAGAAUUCAAACAUUCUCGCGAUGAUGUCGUGUCACCCUGAUGUCUAACGUUAGACAUCUUCCGUACACGACAAUGUCUCAUUUAUGUCUGCAAACGGGCUUCUCAGCUAUUCGAUAUGAUUGUUUUUCUUGUUUUUUUUGUUUUUUUUAAUUCUAAUGUAACGCAUAGUGGACCACCUAUAAAAAUUAAAAGCGCAUAUCUUUGUGUACGUGGAGGUCGAAUUGAUUAAGUUGGUCGAAUAUUCCUGGAAUGUACAAUUUCAUGAUCAUUAAAGUGACGUGUUUCACAAAGCUCUGGAUCGAUCAGGGCUGGAUUCAUAAAAGGAGACGGGGCAAGACGUCACUGCAUUACCAGGCAGCGUGUGACAAAAAGCAUGGUUCAUGGGGGGGGGGGGGGUGGUGAAGUCUAUUCUUGCACAAAGUCUUUGACUAUGAGAUUACUGGCUGUACAUGCCUCAACUAAUUUGAAACUUUUAGAGCGCAUAUAUUGAAUUGACAUUCAUUCAGAUAUCUCUAUAUUUAUUUAUAAGUAAUAAAAAUGGAAUUCAUCCCUGCAAAAUUAAUGUACAAGUUAUAUAGAUUGAAGGAAAGAAUCUCAGCCAGAAACAGGGCAUUCUUCAGUAGUCAGAAAAUAUUGAAAAGUAAAACAUGACACGAAAAACAAUGAAACUGUAAUCAGGCCAACUGCGACAUACGCAAGUGAAACGUGAACCCUAAUAAAAAGGACUAAAAACCUAUCAAACACAUGGGAGAGAAAAGUGCUCCGGAAAAUAUAUGGACCAACAAAGGGUGAAUAUGGAAGUGAAUACGAACCAACCAGGUACUGUACACUGUACAGUCUAUACCAGAAUCCCACGAUAGUAGCAGAAAUUUUAAAAAAAGAGAGGGGCUACGCAGGGCAGGAUGCCAAAUGACAGAGGAGUGACACCAAAUAGAAAUGUUUUCACUUCCUUAUCUACAACUUGAUCGCAGCCUCUCUGUGUCUCCCCCCCUCUCUCUCUCCCUCUCUCCCUCUCUAUCUCUAUUAUGUCCCAUUCGCCUAAUCAAUAGAACUUGACGUUAAAAGGGACAGUAACAAACACAAUCAGAUGUAAGAGGGGAGCAAUCAUAAAAACGCGGUGCUCAUCGUUUUAUGUGAUCCAAAAUAAAGAAAAACAACAACUGCUCUUACAAUUCCAGACUGACGUCAUUAGUUGUAUCGAUUCUACGUCUGCCACGGCGACCAUUUGCAUCUGUCGUCAUUUAACCUCUGCACUUCCUACACUGAAGAGAUCAACUGAACAAGAUUGAGUGUUUUAGUUGUUUUUUUUUAAAUGCCCUUUGCUGGCUCUGCUUUGUUGGCUCUGCCUUGCUGGCUCUCCUUUGCUGGCUCUGCCUUGCUGGCUCUGCUUAGCAGGCUCGUGUCAAAUAUUUUACCAUGAGUUGUCCGACUCUAAGUAUUAUCUGGUAGAUGGCGCUGCUGGGAUAAGAUUGAGAUAUGAGAACGGGACUGCUUUUUUUUUCCUCUCCCUUUACAGGAAGCCAAACAUGGAUAACAAAAUUUAAAAAAAAGUAGCUAAAUGUUCAAAGAACUAAAAAUUAUCUAAGAAACAAACACAUAAAAUAAAAUAGUGAUUUUUUUUAAAUUUGCCAAACAGUUGAUUGCGUCUGCUACGAGGAUUUUAAACACGGACUAAAAAUAUUCCCGAGUUGUAAGCACUUUACAAUAGCAUCACAUUUUCAUAUACAAUAUGUCACAGAAGCUGUUGUUACGGAGGAAGGCUCCGGUCCUGACUUAUCACAAACUGUAUCGAUUUAGAAGCGGUCAGUACAGGACCACUCCUCUCUGUGAUUUAUAUGUUGAGUAGCUACGCGCUGGGACAGACAAACCACUUCCGUUCGAUCAAAUUUACGUUCGAUCAAAUUUCCGUCGAUCAAUUUUCCGUCGAUCAAUUUUCCGUCAAUCAAUUUUCCGUCGAGGAAAUUUCUUUCCAACACAUUCCCGGUAACAUUUCCAAACGAUCAACACCAUUUCCUUUGCAGGUCUUUACUAAAGGUCAACACUAGCGCGGAAGUGGUCGGACCUAGGACCAAGAACGGCGACGUGCUCCAGGUGUUCUAUCAGGCCGAUAACGUCCUGACCAAGAGCCGUCUGCAGGCCAUACACGACUUUGAGACGGAGCUCACCCACAAACCCGAGUGGCCAAAGUUUUGUAAGCAGGAUAUCAACAACCUGGGGGCGGGCUGCUCCAAGCCUUCCUCGCUAAUACGGUGGGUGUUCAUUGGCGUGUAACCAUUUACGGUGGGUGUUCAUUGGUGUGUAACCAUUUAUGGUGGGUGUUUUUCUUUUAUGUGUAACCUUAAAUGGUGGGAAUUCAAUGGUGUGUAACCAUAUAUGAUAGAUGUUUACUUGUGAUUAACCAUAUCUGAUGGGUGUUCAUUUCUUUGUAGCCAUAUAUGGUGGGUGUUCAUUUGUUUUUAACCAUAUAUGGUGGGUGUUCAUUUGUUUGUAACCAUAUUGGGUUAAGUAAAAAUGUAAAAUAAUUCAAGUGCCAGAGCCACUUUCUCAGAAGCACGCAAGCGUUUUCCUCGGAGCAGAAUAAAAAAACAUACAAAAUCAGGCGCAAGUUAUAUUUUUCAGGCGCAGUGGCUACCUCAGUGCUACCACAGUGGCUACCGGGCGCCAUGCUGUUGUCUGGUUCUGAUCAUUCUAACAUAUAAAUUACACACUUGAUGCUCUUAAACCUUUUCCCACCCGAUGUAACGCCUCUGAUAUUUCUACAAGGGAAACAUUUUAAACAUUUAUUGUUUAAUGAAGUGCAUCAGUCAAGAUGUAUGGGAAGUUUGGUUUUUGAGGGGGCAUUUGCUAAUAUCUUUCAAAUAUUAUUUUAUUACAGUCACAGUUCUGUUUCAAGUUUAAUUUUAUUACACAUUUUUGUGGCUACAUUCUCACCAAGGCUUAAUUUCCCAACAUUUCACAAAUAUAUGAUAAUGUUUGUGUUCUGUUUCGUGUACAGAUUUUUUGAUGGCAGUCUUCUCCCGUCAAUGAAGGAUAUGACGUUCUCUAAUAUAUCAGGAGUCUUGUACGUUGUGUCUCAGCAGCCUAAACUGAAACCAAUACUGGAGGCUUUGGUCGGAAAUGACGCGACUAUAACACAAACAGGUUUGCAGUUUGCUGUUGCUGCUGUUAUCUUCAACCCCUCUUUAAAAUAAUCAUAAUUUUAUAGUUUUAAAAAUAUAGGAUAACUAGCUCCCAAAGCAACACAAUCAAACUCAGUAACACACAGACAGCCACACACACAAUCAGACAAUCAUACACAAAGACAGCCACACACACACUCAAUCAGACAGCCACACACAUAGACAGCCACAUAGACAAUCAGACAGCCAGACAGCCACGCUUUUUCAGACUGCCACACAGUCAUACAGUCACACACAAUCAAGAAAUCCACACAGUCAUGUAUAUACAGCCACACAGACAACCAAUACAGUCACGCACAUACAACCGCACAGUCGGCCACCCAAACAGUCACAGUUAGUUAGACAACCACAUAGUCACCCAGCUACAGACAGGCAGCCACAUACAGUCACGCACAUACAGCCACAUAGUCACCCAGCUACAGACAGGCAGCCACGCAGUCAGACACAUAAAGCCACACACUUAUGCAGCCACAUACGGUCAUGCACAUACAGCCACACAGUCAGGCAGCCACACAGUCAAGCAGCAGUCACGCACAUACAGCCACACAAUCGCCCACCAACACAGUCACAGUUAGUUAGACAACCACAUAGUUACCCAGCUACAGUCAGGCAGCCACAUACAGUCACGCACAUACAGCCACAGUCAGGCAGCAACACAGGCAGCCACACAGUCAGGCGGCCACAUACAGCCACACAGUCAGGCAGCCACAUACAGCCACACAGUCGCUCUAACAGGCUGAAGGCAAUCAACCACAAAACAACAGACUUACAACCACACGUCAUGGCAUCCACCUAAUCAAAUACAGCCACACAGACGACACACUACAGCUGAUUCAGUACAUGGAAUUUGUUGUUGUUUUUUCUUCCCCAGAGGUUGUCACGACAGUGUCAAGGAGUUUGUUCUUUACUGGCACGCCUCUGGAAGGUUAUGACCUUACCACAGAUUCGGUCAAGGACCAGCUGGAAAUAAUACAAGAUUUCAUGGUAAAUUUAAAAACAAGACUUUAUGAUAUAUUUUAAUUAAAAAUAAGACUUUGAUAAUAAAAUACAGAAUGCGAAUCGAUACUUUUUUGUUGUGUAUUUAAUAUUUUAAGUGUAAAUAUUUACACAUUUAACAUUAGUUUACCAUAUAUUUUAACGUAGGGAACGAAUUGCUUGAAGAGUCUCACAGCCAGAAUUGGUCUUCGUGGAAUCAUCCAUCACCUCUUAAAAUUUGACAUUCGAACACAAAGCAAGCAGUUGCACUGUCAGACAGCCACACACUUUCAAACAGCCACACACCGUCAGACAGUCACACACUGUCAGACAGCCACACACUGUCAGACAGCCACACACUGUCAGUCAGCCACACACUGUCAGACAGCCACACACUGUCAGACAGCCACACACUGUCAGACAGUAACACACUGUCAGACAGCCACACACUUACUUUCAAACAGCCAAACACCGUCAGACACUCACACACUGUCAGACAGCCACACACUGUCAGACAGCCACACACAGUCAGUCAGCCACACACUGUCAGACAGCCACACACUGUCAGACAGCCACACACUGUCAGACAGUAACACACUGUCAGACAGCCACACACUGUCAGACAGCCACACACUGUCAGACAGCCACACACUGUCAGACAGCCACACCACAGUCACACACUGGUCAGACAGCCAUACCUUAUCAGACAGUCAACACUGUCAGACAGUCAACACUGUCAGACAGCCACACCUUAUCAGACAGUCACACACUGACAUGCACAUACAGCCACACAGUCACAAAGUUGCCCGUAUGUUAUUUUUCAGGUGGACAACUUCCGUGGCACUCUCUACUCUUUGCUGGAUGACGGGCUGGACGGUAUGACCGUCAACUUCCAGUCUAGGCAGGUAAUUCAUGUGUAGGAGUGCGGUACUGCCACUGCGGUGACCAGAUGCAUUUAUUACUCUGUCAUCUGACCACUGGGUGACAUUCAGGAAAAUUUUAACCUUGGGACAGCCACACUCAUCAGUUUACUUAAAACUUUACAAAGUGGUAGAGUGUGGCUAAACGUUUUGGGUUGGAGGUUAAGAAAGGAUUAUUGACCUUAACCAGGUAGAAGCUAUGGAAAACAAGCUUUAAACUGAAGCAGUACUUUUAGCUGAGGUGUAAUGGUGGGGCUAAAAAUCAAUACCAAAAUAAAUUUAUUCUGAUUUUGAAAAACGUUGGUACAUUCCCCCUUGCCAGUUGGCCUUAGAAGUUGUAAACAAAUAAAAAUACCAGAUUUUCAAUUUAAAAAGAUAAUAAUUGUGUUAUAUAGAAAGAUAGAGAAGAUCCCCCGGGUCGUUUGUGCCAUCGAGGUGACCUCAUGUGGCUGUAACAUUGGGUCGCUUUAAAGAUCCAGAUGUCAUAUCUAAUAACAAUGUUGACAUCAAUUGUCACCAACAUGUGACCUGCCGGACAUGAUGUUGAUCAUUCAUUCUGGUCUGAUAUUACUCUCUUAUGACCCCGGCUAGUAAAUUGGCUACCAGCUCCAUCUGCUGAGCUGAGCCAUACAACAUUGUCCUCACGUAGGACACUCCAUCCGCCCUGGCCUCCCCCGGGACAUCUAGUGAGGGACGACAUUCGGUCAACAGAUGCGCUAGUGUCUCCGGGACCAGGCUGCAAUGCCGGCAGGUAGGGUCCCUGUUGUUAUACAGCCAUCAGAAGUAUCUGCCUAUGGGGAAUUGCUCAGUGCGCAUCUGUGUCACUAAACUCUGCUGUCUGCGGCCUAACCCCAACCAUGGGUCUUGUUUGCUAAGAGUAUAGGCACAUUUGAAAAGACGCCUCUGGCCAAUGGACUGUGCCACUUCGUCCUAAAGUGGUCCGCCAGCCAGUUACUUAUUCCCAAAUAAGUUAUUGGUACUCCUGGCUUAGGCUGGGCAGCACAGGUUUUCGCCAGUGUCCGCUUUCUCAUUGCCACUGACGUUGAUGUGACCUGGAAUCCAUUUUUCUGUCACCUUGCAUCGUAGUUCACCGAUUUUGCACUCGUCAUCAAUGAUGACGUCAACUAGGUGCGUGGCACCUGCUCUCUUCCCCAAGAUCUCGAGAGCAGAUCUUGAGUCGGAGUAGAUGAUCACAUCGAGCCCCGCAAGCCCCGCACCUUCCAACGUGUGACACACUCUCUCCAAGGCCAUUAUCAUUCAUACUAUAUUUGUGUUUAGAUCAGUUUACAACAAAUAACCAAUGAAUUAUCUCUAUCUAAACUGAUUCCUUAAACGUUUUCCCCCUGGCAGCUACUGAUCCAUGACAUCUUCCAGCAAGUCAUCUUUGAUCUCCUCCUCGCCGUGGGAUCUUUCCUCUUCAUUUUCAUCUUUAUGCUGCUCCAGACGAGUUCGCUGUUCUUGACCUCGUUUUCAAUCUUCAGCAUACUGACCAGCUUCUUGGGGACCAACCUGGUGUACAGGGUGGUGCUAGAUUACAGGUAGGUUUAUAGUGAUGGUGCUAGAUUGCAGGUAGGUUUAUAGGAGUGGUGAAAGAUUACAGGUAGGCUUAAAGGGGUGUCGCUAAAUACAGAUUACAGGAAGGUAAAUAGUUAUGUGCUAGAUGACAUGUAGGUCUAAAGAAUGACACUAUAUUUCAUGUAUUUUUAUAGUGGUUGUGCUUUAUUACAGAUAGGUUUAUAGUGUAUUUUUAGAUUACAUGUAGAAUUAUAGCGUGGUUCCAGAUUACAGGGAGGUAUAUAGAAUGGGUCUAGAAUGUAGCUGGCGGCAGAGAGAAAGAGUUUGAUAACGGGCAGGAUUGCAUUGGUUCAGAGUUCAAAGUUAAGGGCAGGUCGAGCUGUAGAACAAGUUAGCUGAUAUUGCUACAGUGUUCGAUGUUGAUUAGAUCGGUUUAAAAAUGAAAAUUUAGCUUUAAAAUAUCACCCUGGAUUAUGUGUAUUUUUAAGUCGGCUGAUAUACUCUCCUGUUUUCUUCAGGACGUAAAUAUCUUCAUGGAUAGAGUUGCGUUAACUUGUUCUUAGAUUAGGUCAACUCACACCCCAGUCAGCUAAAAGUCAGAAAAGUGACUCGACUUCACUCGGCAAUAGGCAGGUUUAGAUCUAACUAUUGGGGACGAAACGUGGUUUAGCAAACCGACUUGAAUUGUAUCGUUAACAUCGUUUAUUCAUUGUAUCACCUAACAUCGUUUAUUCAUUGUAUCACCUAACAUCGUUUAUUCAUUGUAUCGCCUAACAUUGUUUAUUCAUGGUAUCGCCUAACAUAGUUUAUUCAUUUCAUCGCCUAACAUUGUUUAUUCAUUGUAUCGCCUACCAUGGUUUAUUCAUUGUAUCGCCUAACAUGGUUUAUUCAUUGUAUUGCCUAACAUUGUUUAUUCAAUGUAUCGCCUAACAUGGUUUAUUCAUUGCAUCGCUUAACAUGGUUUAUUCAUUGUAACGCCUAACAUUGUUUAUUAAUCUUACAUCUUGACAGAUAUUUCGGCAUCUUUCACGUCCUGUCUAUAUUCAUCAUUCUGGGCAUUGGUGCUGACAACAUCUUCGUCUUCAACGACACCUGGCGUGCAACCGCCCACGAGAGACACACCAGCCUGGAGGAGAGGUUAAGGUCAGCGAGGGCUUCCGUGAAAACUGUUAUGUUAUUGGCCGUCGGAGAAAUGGGCCCACUUUGCAUUUUCUAACAACAUAUCGAUCAUUACAAAAAUAAACAUAUUGGAUUAAGAACUACUUGGCUUUGAUGGCUAGAAUGAGACUUAAUAAGAUAUUUAAGAACUACUUGGCUUUGAUGGCUAGAAUGAGACUUAAUAAGACAUUUAAGAACUACUAGGCUUUGAUGGCUAGAAUGAGACUUAAUAAGAUAUUUAAGAACUACUUGGCUUUGAUGGCUAGAAAGAGACUUAAUAACAUACUUAGGAAAUACUAGGCUUUGAUGGCUUGUGUGAGACUUUAUUACAAGAUACAGUGACGAUAAGGAAUCCAAUAUUUAUAACUACAAAAAGUGUAAACAUAUUACCAUGUUCUUGGUAGCGGAUUUUGCUUCGGUUGGAAACUGGAUUGUAAACAGUGGGCUUCAAACUUUAAAUAAGUGGAUAUUACCUUACGGUUGAAUUUGAAAAUCAGUGUUAGGUUUAGGGUAAUUAUUAGGGCAUAGAUUUAAUUUUAGGGUUAUGUUUAAUGUUAGGGCUAGGUUUAAUGUUGAGGUUAGGAUUAAUGUUAGGGUUAGGUUUAAUGUUAGGGCUAGGUUUAAUGUUAGGGCUAGGUUUAAUUUGAGGGCUAGGUUUAAUGUGAGAGUUAGGUUUAAUUUCAGGGCUAGGUUUAAUGUUAGGGUUAGGUUUAAUUUCAGGGCAAAAUUUAAUGUUAGGGUUAGGUUUAGUUUCAGGGCUAGGUUUAAUGUUAGGGUUAGGUUUCAUGUUAGGGUUAGGUUUAAUUUUAGGGCAAGGUUUAAUGUUAGUGUUAGGUUUAAUGUUAGGGUUAGGUUUAACGUUAGGACUAGGUUUAAUGUUAGUGUUAGGUUUAAUUUUAGGGUUAGGUUUAAUGUUAGGGCUAGGUUUAAUGUUAGGUUUAGGUUUAAUUUUAGGGUUAGGUUUAAUGUUAGGGUUAGGUUUAAUGUUAGGGUUAGGUUUAAUGGUAGGGCUAGGUUUAAUUUAAGGGCUAGGUUUAAUGUUAGGGUUAGGUUUUAUGUUAGGGUUAUUUUAAUUUUAGGGUUAGGUUUAAUGUUAGGGUUAGGUUUAAUGUUAGGGCUAGGUUUAAUGUUAGUGUUAGGUUUAAUUUUAGGGUUAGGUUUAAUGUUAGGGCUAGGUUUAAUGUUAGGUUUAGGUUUAAUUUUAGGGUUAGGUUUAAUGUUAGGGUUAGGUUUAAUGUUAGGGUUAGGUUUAAUGGUAGGGCUAGGUUUAAUUUAAGGGCUAGGUUUAAUGUUAGGGUUAGGUUUUAUGUUAGGGUUAUUUUAAUUUUAGGGUUAGGUUUAAUGUUAGGGUUAGGUUUAAUGUUAGGGCUAGGUUUAAUGUUAGUGUUAGGUUUAAUUUUAGGGUUAGGUUUAAUGUUAGGGCUAGGUUUAAUGUUAGGUUUAGGUUUAAUUUUAGGGUUAGGUUUAAUGUUAGGGUUAGGUUUAAUGUUAGGGUUAGGUUUAAUGUUAGGGUUAGGUUUAAUGUUAGGGUUAGGUUUAAUUUUAGAGCUAGGUUUAAUUUUAGGGUUAGGUUUAAUGUUAGGGUUAGGUUUAAUUUUACGGUUAGGUUUAUUGUUAGGGUUAGGUUUAAUGUUAGGGCUAGGUUAAAUGUUAGUGUGAGUAUUAGUUUUAGGGUUAGUGUUAUCUUAGUGUUAGGAUGAUUUAUUCCGUUUAAAUAUUCUAUGGCCUAAUUAUUUUUUUAAAAAUAAUUUAUUAUUUCUUUCCUCUUAGAGACAUGACAAAAUUUUCUGAUGACCUCUACCAUAAAAAUAACUUUACCGUUUGGGAUUUUACAAUCUUCCAACUCACCUGCAAUACAUAUUUUAAUUUUUUAAAAUUUUGUUUACAUUUUUUCGUUCUUUUUCAGUUCAUGUUACCGCAGAGCUUCCAAGUCAAUGAUGAUCACGUCACUGACCACGUUUGUGGCGUUCGUGUCCAACGCCUUCUCCCCUCUCCUCGCCGUCAGCUCGUUCGGUGUCUUCUCUUCCGUCCUCGUGGUCUUCAACUUCUUCUCCGCCAUCAUCUUCUUCCCGACGUGCGUCAUCCUUCACCACAAAGUAGGUCAUUGCCUCGUUUGGAUAUCUCAAUAAAUAUGUUGCCUAUCCUAAAACAAAGAUGGAACUCAGUUACUGACAGAUAGUGCUAUAAUGCCACGUAGGCACACAAGUGCCGCCCUCGGGAUAGACAAGGGGCUUUCAUAAGGCGUAGAGUAAAGAGGGAGGCAAAUUCGGUACUAACCCGAAAUGAAAGCGUGGCGCGAGAGCCGACGAUUGGACCUGAAGGUCGUCGCUCUCAAGGCCGAGAACUAGCUGCCUGACGUAGGCCUACUUUUAAGUUGUUCCACGGUGUACAAAUAAUAUUUUAAAAAAUCCCAGAUUUACGUUAUAUACAUGAGUCCGCGUCAAUUAUAAAAGCUAUUGACUAGGUUGUAAAUCACUUUUCAGAACUGUUACAAUGGUACAACAUUUCAAUUGACGCGCGUGUGACUUGCGUGUGCCGUGUGACGUGUGACGUGUGUGUGACGCGCGUGUUACACCUAGAUCAUUAGUUUGUUUUUCAUUUAAAUUUCUAUGUUGUAUUAAAAGCGUGGACAUCCCAAAAACAGUGUUCUUUGCCAUCUUUGAACAAUUAAAAAAUACAUCUCCUUUUCCCUUAUCAAUUGACGGAGGAGCAACCAGGAUGAAAUAACAAUGCAAUCUUGAUUUCUUGGAUUGUUGUUUGCUGGGCAAACGUUUAAUCUUAAAAAAAUAAAACUGAUUAGGAAGAAGAAGGGAGAAAAAAUAAGCCGAAUCGAUAUUCUGAAACUUGGGCAAGGUCGAAUAGUAUUGAUUUUUACCAAUAAAAGUUGGGUUCUCAGGAACCAUGAUCAAGUUUCAAGGUCAUCAAAGUUUAGAUGCUAGGGACAAGCCGGAACGUGAUUAGUUUCUUAUGAGUAUGAGCAAAGAUGAAGAAGUUUCAUAUAGCAGGAAAUGAUGGUAUGAGCAAAGAUGAAGAAGGUUCAUAUAGCAGGAAAUGAUGGUAUGAGCAAAGAUGAAGAAGGUUCAUAUAGCAGGAAAUGAUGGUAUGAGCAAAGAUGAAGAAGUUUCAUAUAGCAGGAAAUGAUGGUAUGAGCAAAGAUGAAGAAGGUUCAUAUAGCAGGAAAUGAUGGUAUGAGCAAAGAUGAAGAAGUUUCAUAUAGCAGGAAAUGAUGGUAUGAGCAAAGAUGAAGAAGUUUCAUAUAGCAGGAAAUGAUGGUAUGAGCAAAGAUGAAGAAGGUUCAUAUAGCAGGAAAUGAUGGUAUGAGCAAAGAUGAAGAAGGUUCAUAUAGCAGGAAAUGAUGGUAUGAGCAAAGAUGAAGAAGUUUCAUAUAGCAGGAAAUGAUGGUAUGAGCAAAGAUGAAGAAGGUUCAUAUAGCAGGAAAUGAUGGUAUGAGCAAAGAUGAAGAAGGUUCAUAUAGCAGGAAAUGAUGGUAUGAGCAAAGAUGAAGAAGGUUCAUAUAGCAGGAAAUGAUGGUAUGAGCAAAGAUGAAGAAGGUUCAUAUAGCAGGAAAUGAUGGUAUGAGCAAAGAUGAAGAAGUUUCAUAUAGCAGGAAAUGAUGGUAUGAGCAAAGAUGAAGAAGGUUCAUAUAGCAGGAAAUGAUGGUAUGAGCAAAGAUGAAGAAGUUUCAUAUAGCAGGAAAUGAUGACCUCAGAGUUUCUAUAGUAAGUGGUGUGCCAAAAAUCUUAGUAACAUUGUGUAGCCAGACCGUGUAUAUACCUUUAUGAUGUGUAGACCAGCUAUUGGUGUAUGGGAUAAGGGAAGGGGGAGCUUGUGUAGACCAGCCAUUAUUGCAUGGGUGAUGGGGAGAGGGUAGCUGUGUAAACCAAAAAUUUUUGUAUGAUGUGUGGUGAAUGGGUGGGGGGUGGGGGGGGGAGCUCGAGGUGGUUUAAAUUUUACUUUAAAAACCUUUACUUUUCCCCACGGCCGAAAUUAGACAUAACAGCACACAAUAGAGCGGACUCUGGAUUUGUCACCUUCUACCCUGCCGUCAAAUAAUUAGAGAUUUGCAGUGGCGCAAACUCGUUAUUCCAUUUGUUGCCCUAUCCGAUGCGAGGCUGCACCAGUCACCAAUGCUUGUACUUUGUUUCAGUUUUGCGUUUCUUCAGAUUCCCCCCCCCCCCCCAAAAAAAAAAAAUAAAAAAAAAAAAAAAAAAAUACACAUACAUGGUCAAUAAAACAUUGUGAUAAAUAUGUCAUUGUCUUCAAGCAACCGCUGCAUCAUCCCCGAAAGCAGUGAUCUAAAACCUUCAUCCCUCACCCCACAAAAAUAAAUGUAUAUAUAUAUAUACCCGGUAUAUAAAAUAUAUACAUAUGUAUGUAUAUUAAAUAAAUAAAUUCAAAUUUCAAAUAAAAUUGAAAAGUUCACCUCAGUAAAAGACACAAUUUAAAAAAAAAUGUUAUGGUCUCAAAAUGUAACGUGUUUUUUUUCUUUUUUUUCUUUUUCUUUUAUGGACAAAUAUUAGACGUGUUAUGGAGCUUUAAAAUAAAUAAUCGAGUUGAGCAAUAAAAUAUACUGGAUACUUGUCAACCAUUACAUGAGUAAAUUUGAAAGCGUUCGAUAGAGAGACGGACAAAUUGGAAGAAUGGCAAAGGACCGAUCAUCGUGGCGUCGCUCUGUACACAAAGGCUCCACACAACAUGAAGCCAAAACAACAUUGGCUGCAGAGCACAAAUGACAUGUCGCUAGAGCCCCGGUUAACUCUGUACCUGGAGAUGUCCCAUCUAUCCCCUGCACUUACUGAACAGGAGCAUUUCGAGCCAAAAUCGGCCCUAUCGGCCAUCUGCACACUCACAGCCAAGUUCAAAAAUUGGCACAAAUCCUAUGAUUAACGUGGCCAUGGUUGAUUUCGACUGACGAACUUGAAUUGUGUAAACUGCAUACAUUUCUAUUAUAGUGCCUCUUGUGUAUUCAUCAUGUCUGAUGUAAAACAAAUUUGAUUUAGCCGAUUAUAAUAAUUUUCUAAUCAAUUUCACUAAACUUUAGGGGUUGGGUAAGGGUUUGGGUUAGGGUAAGGUUUUGGGUGAGGGUAAGGGUUUGGCUAAGGGUAAGAAUUUGGGUUAGGGUAUUGGGUUAGGGUAUUGGGUUAGGGUAUUGGGUUAGGGUAUUGGGUUAGGGUAUUGGGUUAGGGUAUUGGGUUAGGGUAUUGGGUUAGGGUAUUGGGUUAGGGUAUUGGGUUAGGGUAUUGGGUUAGGGUAUUGGGUUAGGGUAUUGGGUUAGGGUAUUGGGUUAGGGUAUUGGGUUAGGGUAUUGGGUUAGGGUAUUGGGUUAGGGUAUUGGGUUAGGGUAUUGGGUUAGGGUAUUGGGUUAGGGUAUUGGGUUAGGGUAUUGGGUUAGGGUAUUGGGUUAGGGUAUUGGGUUAGGGUAUUGGGUUAGGGUAUUGGGUUAGGGUAUUGGGUUAGGGUAUUGGGUUAGGGUAUUGGGUUAGGGUAUUGGGUUAGGGUAUUGGGUUAGGGUAUUGGGUUAGGGUAUUGGGUUAGGGUAUUGGGUUAGGGUAUUGGGUUAGGGUAUUGGGUUAGGGUAUUGGGUUAGGGUAUUGGGUUAGGGUAUNGGUUAGGGUAAGGGUUUGGGUUAGGGUAAGGGUUUGGGUUAGGGUAAUGGUUGGGGUUAGGGUAAGGGUUUGGGUAAGGGUAAGGGUUUGGGUUAGGGUAAGGGUUUGGGUUAGGGUAAGGGUUUGGGUUAGGGUAAGGGUUUUGGUUAGGGUAAGGGUUUGGGUUAGGGUAAGGGUUUGGGUUAGGGUAAAGGUUUGGGUUAGGUUAAGGGUUUGGGUUAGGUUAAGGGUUUGGGUUAGGGUAAGGGUUUGGGUUAUGGUACGGGUUUGGGUUAGGGUAAGGGUUUGAGUUAGGGUUUGUAUUAGGGUAAGGGUUUGGGUUAGGGUAAACGUUGGGAUAAGGGUUAUAGUAAGGGUUGAUGUCUAUAUUUACAUUUUUAAAACAUGACAGAAAUGGGAGACCUGGACUUGGCCUUGUUUCCGGGCGUGCAGCAACAGUCGCAUCUACCCAUGCGCCAAGAAAGACCAGAGCAAGACUGGACACAGGCCGAACAUGAUGGUGCGAUUCUUCAGGGGACCUUACCACCGGGCCGUCACCCACAAGUUUGGGAAGUGGGCAUUCAUCGGAUUCUGUGUCGUCAUCAUUGGAGCGUCUUUCUACUUCAUCUCCAAGAUAUCCACAUCGGAAAAACCUGUAAGUGAAAAUUAGACAGAAAGAAAGACAGACCCACGCACUCUCUCUCUCUUUCUCUCUCUCUUUCACACACACCCACACAUAAAGAAACAUAAACAGAGAGAGAGAGAGAGAAAGAGAGAGAGACAGAGUGACACAAUUUGUGCUGUUAAGAUAUUCUCAUCCUGUCAUCAUUGUAAUUGACACCUGAAAUAUCUUUUUUGCUUGAGAACUUAUCAGCUUCAUUUUCUAAGGCUAUUUCUUAUCCUCUAAGCCAGCCAAAAAAUCCCUUGCCUUACUUUCACAUAGCUUUCAUGAAAUUGCGGUCAUCCCUACGCAUGUGCUUAUAUUUUUAAGAGAAAACCUUUUAAAUUGGAAUAAAUAUUAAGUUUUAUGUGUCAAAAGCUGUUUAAUUUCUCUACAAAAAAUACGAGUGGGUAAAAAGAAAAAAAGUGCACUCCCCUUUGUCCUAGUUUUUUAAAAUAAUUUUGGAGUGGAGGUUAUCAGCUAGGGAUGAUUAAAAGAAUCCAAUAAAGUAGAGUCUCACUCGGAAUGAGAUGGAAGAUUGUUUAUUGAAACAAUCUCAGUAUCGAGUUUUGCGGAUAUGGUAACCUUAUUUUUGUUUGAAAUUUCAGACUCAGCUGUACAAGAAUGGAAACAAUUAUUAUGAGGCUGAUCAGAUCAACAACGGAGCUUUCAAAAAGAGUUUAGACGACAAAAAUGUUAAGGUAAUGUCUCUUAAGCUCUUCUGCGUGCGGCAGUAUGAAGUUCAUCACAUAUCCAUUCUCUUAAGCUCUUCUGCAUGAAGUACACCAUCUAUUCGUUUUUAUGAAAAUCUAAGGGCUGAUAUGAUGUUUGGUAGUAAAACCUUGAUCAAAUACGGGUUAGGGUGUGAUUGCCUCGAUGGUUUCAAACAAAUACUCACUUCAAUUCCGGGGCAACUUAACAAAUCCAAUAGAUCAUGGAAGCAACAUGCCUUAAUUCUGAGUAACCCAUUUGUGAGUUCAUAAUGAACAACUGCAUCUUAAAUCCUGAUACAACUUAAAUAUCCAUUUUCUCUGGUAAUAUUGUCUUGGUGUCAAUGACUCUUGUUUCAGGUUGUCAUAUUGUGUCUUGAUGUCAGUGACUCUUGUUUCAGGUUGUCAUAUAUUCACUUGAUGUCAGUGACUCUUGUUUUAGGUUUUCAUAUCGUGUCUUGAUGUCAAUGACUCUUGUUUCAGGUUGUCAUAUCGUGUCUUCAUGUCAAUGACUCUUGUUUCAGGUCGUCAUAUCGUGUCUUGAUGUCAAUGACUCUUGUUUCAGGUCGUCGUAUCGUGUCUUGAUGUCAAUGACUCUUGUUUCAGGUCGUCGUAUCGUGUCUUGAUGUCAAUGACUCUUGUUUCAGGUUGUCGUUUCGUUCGGACUCAAGGAACAAGACAUCGAGGACUGCCACAAAACUGAUUACAAAUGUAAAGGGACGACAGUGUGGGAUAACUCUUUUGACCUGAACCCUAAACCUUCUCAGUUAGCUCUAUUGGUAAGUCUCAGAGCAGAGACUUUUGUUACUAUUCUAUUAGCCCUUAGCUUAAGUAAUUGAUAUGUAUAUAUAUAAUUAUUGCCUCAUACUAUAUGCAUUUAGUGCAUAUUUUAUACCCUUACAUAUUUUAUUGUAAAGUUUGGUAUAUUUACAAUACAGUUUUUGCGUUCCAAUGUAAUAUUUGUUGUUAAAACCAACAAAUCAAUCGUGUAUCGAUUUUUUACCUGGCGUCGUUACAAUGUUGAUAAUUAACAUUUAAAAUAAUUCUGUGCUAAGUGAUUGUUUAUAUAUUGCCAACAUGUGUCUGAUAUUAUAACACAACAUUUGUAUAAUAUUAUAACACAACAUUUGUAUAAUAUUAUAGCACAACAUUUGUUUGAUAUUAUAACACAGCAUGUGUAUGAUAUUAUAACACACCAUAUGUAUAAUAUUAUAACACAACAUAUGUAUGAUAUUAUAACACAACAUAUGUAUGAUAUUAUAACACAAAAUUUGUAUGAUAUUAUAGCACAACAUAUGUAUGAUAUUAUAACACAACAUAUGUAUGAUAUCUAAACACAAAAUUUGUAUGAUAUUAUAACGCAACAUUUCGAUUAUAUUAAAACACAACAUCUGUAUGAUAUUAUAACACAACAUGUGUAUGAUAUUAUAACACAACAUUUGAUGGUUAUCACACCAUUUUGUUUCGCGUGUUUUACUAUCAGGAAAUGUGUGAAAGGAUUAGAAACACGCCUGAGAAUGAACUCCUUCACUUGAAGCGUGACCCGGUCACCAAUGAGGUUGACCUGGACUGUUUCAUCGCACACAUGAAUGAUUACAUGAAGGUGGGUCUCGGAGCGUUUCGUAGUAGACACAUAAAGUAAUAUAGGAACAAAGCCAAAUUGGUUGUGGUGGGUAGAAAGAAACCAACUUUAGCGUGGAGAUUCUUAAACUCACUAGACCAUUGGCACAGCUAGGAUUAAGGCCGCUCGGGGCGGGCCAAGAAUUUUUCCGCUCCCUGCCACGAAAAAAAAACAAUUAAAGUUGGCCGAAAAUGACGCCCCUCCAUAACAAAAAAAAGCCACCUGGGGCAACCUCCCCAUUCAGCCACUCCUCUUCCUACGCCCCUGAACAUUGCCCACGUUGGGCACUGCAGCUCUAGAAGACAAUUCAAUGGAUUUGACCUGAACUCCUUGGAGGGUAUGAGAAUUAAGGCCCAAUUUAUUUGUUCUUUGGCUUUGUCGUGUACAAACAGAGUGAUCCAAUAAUGUUUUUUACUAUUGAAAUUCAUCUACAAAACGCGUGAUAUUUCUGCUGCUGUUGUAAAGCUGAUUAUGUCUGUGUCUUACACUUCCAGAAAGAGGGUGACAAUAGCACACUGUACACGACACAUUUAGAUUUGUCGUUGCCGACCUCUGAGAUCAAGUACGUCGACUUCUUCAAGACACAUACUCAGCUGUACAACACUUCCAUGGUGGGCGAACGAUUCUACAGAUAUUUUGAGGUAAACUCACGGCUUCUAAGCCCGUCUUAAGUGCAUUAAACCAGCGUUUACAUGAUAUUAAAUUAGAAAAAAAAAAUACUUUAAAAAAAUAAAAUAAAAUAAAGUAAAAUAAAAAUAAUAAAAAGGAGAAAUUUUAAGGGAAAUAGCUUAUUCAUUUUUAAGUAAUUUUCUCGAUCAUCGGAUUACCGGCCUUAAACUUAAAAUGUUUACCAUAUUGUGUGCAUCUUUUAAUAAUAUAAAUUUAAAUUGUGAACUUAAAUACACAGACCGUAAAAUCGUACUGGUUAAAUGAUGGCUACAGAGGCAACUUUUUACCAGAGUACGGGACGUACUCAGUAAUGCUGGGAGAGAGCAGAGCAACGUUUGAUACUGCUACCGUCUUGUCGAACCCAGGUAAUUAUUCUCACUUUAACUCUUGGAACCGUUUGUAUUAUUUUAUUUUCACGUUAGAGUUUAUUCCACACACAAAAAAAAAAAAAAAAAAAAAAAAAAAAAAAAAAAAAGAACAAAAUUUUUACAUUCAGUUUAUAAACGCAAUAUUCGUUUUAAUUUUCAUUUAACGUGGAAAGUAAAAAUAAAUAUUUAUAAUCGUUUAUGUUUUGACAUGUAAAGUUUAAUUGUGAGUUAAGUAUCUAUAUUUCAUAUUAUUUAAUUGUUAAAAAAUUACAUUUUAUGUCUUGGUCAAAAAUAUCUUUUCGUGUACCUUCAUCCAUCCUCCCCCCCCCCCGCAACCACACACUCGCACUUUUUUUUUUUAACAGGUAAAUAUUAUGGCACGCGACUCAGGUACGCCGGUAUAGAGAUAAAGACUAACCUGGCCUUUGGCACCAAAGACUUCAACGCCGGGCUGGAGAUUUAUGACGCCUGGGAGAAAUUUAUCAACGAAGAGGUGGGCUAACCUUUGAAUUAACCAAUAAGAUUCAUAAUUCUCAACUUGUCCAUAUUUUAUUAUCAAUUAUCAAACAAUUUUUCUGUAGUAUAUUUAUGACAGUUUAGGCGUGUCACAAAUAAUAAUUAUCUAAGCGUUACAUGCAUGUAACGCCAUAUUCAAAAGGUGUGCAAAAAAUAAUUAGAUUCUCAUACAUGCAUAAUACCUGAAUGCAUACUUCGUCAAGUAACUUUAGUAGAUGGGUAGUUCGCGCAUGGCUGCCGCCAUUGUUUUGGCAUGUUAGUUCCGGUAAUGAUGUAAGAGGGCAUAUUAGGAAAUGACCUUGGAAAGAUUUAAAAACCGAAAUAGAGAGCUGAAGUAGAGAGCCGAAAUAGAGAGCCGAAAUAGAGAGCCGAAAUAGAGAGCCCAAAUAGAGAGCUCCUAUAACCGCUGUGGUGAAAUGACAUCUAUUACUAAACAUUCCUGGCAUCCGUGCGUCACAAUGGGACGAUGGUGAAGAGUACGUAGGUUUAUACUUCUAUGAUUAUAAGCUGGUUCCCAACAGCAAAUCGCCUCUCUCCACGCCGCUGGAUAACCCAAAGAAAUAUCAUGUUGAUGGUACAGCUUGGCACCAGUGGCGUCGCAGGAGUUGUCGGAAUGCUUCAUUGUACCAAUGUUAUCCGCCUACUGGACUCCAUCGCCGGGUUUCAAUUCAGAGUUUCCUUCUCUUAGAUGAGUUGCCAUGAGUCACAUCCACCCGGGGUGCUGGUGAUGUUUUCGCUUGACUGGGUUUUGGCUGGAAUUGAGCCCCAGAACACCAACUUGAGAUUUACUCAGUUUAGACCACUGGGCCACCCAGCACCCUUACCAUUACUUAAAAUUAGAUCAUAAAUCUCGCGUGAGUUAUCCCGUUCUAGUGUCUAGGGCAGCGGUUCUCAACAUUUCCAAGGGGUCGCCUAAGACCACCUGAAAACACAUAUCCUUACAGCCUUGGAGAAGCGACGAAAAUAAUUGUGUGGCUGGGGGUCGCCACGACACGAGAAACGGCAUUAAAGGGUCGCGGCACUAGGAAGGUUGAGAACCACUGGUCUAGGUUUUUUUUUUUUGGAUUCAAAUCAACGAAGAGUGAAGGUAUUCUAGCUCUCAUACACUUAUAUGUAGUUUAAAAGAGGUCUACAACCAAUUUCAAUAGAAUGAAACGAACCUAUUUAUUAAACAUAUAAUUUACAACUCUUUAUAGAAAUAAAAAUCUUACAAGAAUGAAAAGUCAAGGGUAAAUGGAUUAGAAAAACUUGUACAUAUAAAAUUUACAAUCUAGGUUCUAAUGCCUAUGGACAUGCGCAUUUCCUCGGAGUCAGGCCUGUGGCGUUAUUCUCAAAUCCAGCCGCUGAGAUGCGAUUGUUUCGUACACUAGGAAAGCAUGCUAUAAUUUAAUAUGGCUAUACGUCAACCAGGCAAAAUGUGAAAUAAUUUAAUAAAAUAGUUUGCGCAUGCGUGAUAGAAAAUCCAUGGAGUUUACCUCACUUAAGGCAUAGCACCGGCUGUUGCUGUGACGCAUUGGUGACAAGGUUGAACGCAACGUGUGAGCCGAGUGGAAGAAGACAAUUAAAAAAAAACAACAACAACAACAAAAAGUGUGUGUGGGGGGGGGGAAUAAUUCAUACUAAAAAAAUGUGUGGGUAUUACACGACGGUACAAGAAAGUUGAGCGUCCAAUCUGAUUAUAUCACAAUGACUAUGCUACUAUCUCGCCUUUAAACUAAACACCAUACCAAAUCUAGGUUGAAAACAAUGCACGGCAGUUUUAGAGUCGGUAACUAAGCGAACUAAUACUACUACUUGCUGUGUAUUUCGAUGCCAUCCGUUGACUAAGACCGUUUCCUGUUCCAGGUGAGCAAAUUACCCCCGUCCAUACAAGGUGGAGUUCAGUUCACGCCUGGACAAAACGCCUGGCAUGAAUUUAAAAGACAAGAAGUAAGUUUAAACAUGUGUCUCCUUAUUGUAGGUGUUGUGUUCUGUGACUAGUCGAUAUAGAUGUUAACAAAACGAUUCAAAAUGCUCUAAGUUCAAUGAUCUGGAAGAACGUUGACAGCAUGGUGAAGAGUCUCGAAACGGGAUAAACGAAAUACAUAAGUAAGUGUUCUGGAGAGAGACGACGUCAUGUUUAAACAUUAUUUUCAAGGGGAGUUUUGUUUUUCUAAAAUGCAUAUUUUGUUUUAACAAAGUGCAUAACUUUUUAUCCUCGUGGAAUAAAGUAUCUUAGUCUGAUAAGGCUUGUCUGACAUGCUGAUAGGGCUUUGUCUUACAAAUAUCAACUGCAGUCUCAGAUGUGGUGUAUAAAAGACCAUUAUUUGUCAUUGAAUUUCCCAUUGAACUUCUUAACGUAUGAGUUGGACGUACGAACGUCAGGGAAAAAAAAUAUUUGUAUUUAUAUGUAUAUAUGUUAGAUCUAAUACCCGCUUAACCUUGUCUAUAGGCCUAUUGUUUAAAGGCCGGCAAGUAGGGAGAAGGACUAUCCAUAGGCCUAUUGUUUACAGGCCGGAAGGUAGGGUGUAGGACUGUCUAUAGGCCUAUUGUUUACAGGCCGGAAGGCAAGGUCUAGGACUGUCUAUAGGCCUAUUGUUUACAGGCCGGGAGGUAGGGUGUAGGACUAUCUGUAUGCCUGUUGUUCAAGGCCGGCACAUAGUAUAGAACAUGAGCAGUUCAGAAACACUUGGACACACCGGGUAUUUUCUGAAAAUACCCACUCCCAGUGUAAAAAAAAAGCUUCAUCCGGUCAAGUCCUAGUCUAAUUUAGUUUGAUUAAUCAUUGUCCCCAGUCAAGCCCUAGUCUAAUUUAGUUUGAUUAAUCAUUGUCCCCGGUCAAGCCCUAGUCUAAUUUAGUUUGAUUAAUCAUUGUCCCCGGUCAAGCCCUAUUAAUCAUUGUCCCCGGUCAAGCCCUAGUCUAAUUUAGUUUGAUUAAUCAUUGUCCCCGGUUAAGCCCUAUUAAUCAUUGUCCCCGGUCAAGCCCUAGUCUAAUUUAGUUUGAUUAAUCAUUUCCCCGGUUAAGCACAGACUUAAUCCUUUCAGAGUUUUAUGCUACCUGUCAUUGUCUUCUUUUUUUUUUUUGUUCUUUAAAGCCUAAAGGCAAUGACCUCGAUAAUAAACUGUUAUAUUGUUCACUCCCUCAAGGCGUUGGCCAAGUCAGCGCUACAGGGUAUCAUCAUUGGCGUGUGCCUGGCCUUCGUCGUCCUGACCUUGGCCACCACCAACAUCAUCAUCAGCACCAUGGCAACACUCACCAUCGCCCUUGUCACUGUCACCAUCGCUGGGUGCAUUCCUCUGUUCGGCUGGAAGAUUUCAGUAAGUCAUUCGCCCGGUAAACGUAUCCGAUUUGUAUGUUCUGUUGUCGUUGUUCACUGCCCUUAACAAAAUAUAGGACACGUCAUCCAGGGGUGGAUCGAUAUCAUGGGCUACCUGUCUACUGUGGUAUUAUCUGAUGUCUAUCUACUGUGGUAUCAUGGGUUACCUUGUAGUAUCAUGGGAUAUCGUCUACUUUGCUAUUAUGGGAUAAUUAUCUGCUGUGGUAUCAUGGAUUACAUAUCUACUGUAUCAUGGGCUACCUAUCUACUAUAUUAUGGCUACCUAUAUACUGUAUCAUGGGCUACGUAUUUACUGUAUUAUGGGCUACAUACCUCUGUAUACCAUUUGAACAGUUAAUGAGUGACAGAUCCCAUAAUUUUGCUGGAAAACACCUGAGGUCACAGACAUGUGAUUUUUGACAGGUGAACUCUGUUCACACCAUGGUUACUGAUUAACUGUCUUCAGAAUUCCGCCACAUUUUUUUGUCUCAUCUAAACCUAAACGACUAACUACAUUUUCAUAUCUUACUUAUCUCGGCCACUAAUCAUGAACUAUCAAAUAAACACAUUGUAUUACACCCAAUGUUCUCUCUUCCAGGUCAUAGAGUCCAUCAACCUUUCCCUGGUUGUCGGAUUGGCCGUCGACUACGUGGUCCACCUCUCGGAGAGCUACCACAACUCACCCCGCCUAGACCGCGUGGGCAAGGUCAGGGACAUGCUGGAGAGCAUGGGAGUCUCCGUGGUCUCUGGCGCCAUAUCAACCCUAGGCGCCGCGGCGUUCAUGAUGGGCGCCAAAAUCCAGUUCUUCCUGCAGUUCGGCAUCUUCAUGUUCUGCACCAUCGGGUUUUCCCUGAUCUUCUCGCUCUGCCUGUUCGCGCCGAUGCUGGCCUUGCUGGGGCCCCAGGGGCAUGUCGGCUCGCUGGUGCCCAUCUUCAUGUGGGUGUGGUACAAGAUCAUCGGCCGUGACAAGAAGGACACAGAUUGUGAGACGUGCGUUGGGAAAGGCUUUGUUAAACCGGAAACAGGAACCCCGAACACAUAGUGGUUAAUCUCAUUCUGAUACUUAGACUUAAUUUUUGCCUUUGUUUAAGUGGGCAAUACUUUUCUUGGCAAUACAUUUUCUGGAUAACACAUUUUCUGGAAAGAAGCACUUUCUGAGCAACGCAUUUACUGGGAAACACAUUUUCUGAGCAACGCAUUUUCUCGGUAAUAGAUUUUUUUAGAAAAUAUCAAUAUAUUUUGUAAGCAAAUACAUUUUUAAAAUUCGAGAUCCAUGGCUUCUUUUAAAUACAUCCCACAUCUAAAAAUAAGAAAAAAAAAAAAGGAAGUCUGUGUGCGGGAUGGAUUGUAGCUGUUGGCAUACAUUUGUGUAGGCGAUUGAUAAGGUAAAAUAUUGAUCUCUAUUGCCGGUGUCAUGAAGCGUAUUUCAAGAAUUUAAUUCAUGUCUAGUAUUACCAAAUUUAUUCAAAAGACUUUAAUAUUUUUAACGGGCGCAUUCUAUUUUAAUACAGAUAUGGUUUUAAAAUAUUACAGGAGCUUCGGACACACUGUCAGGCAGAAUAAAAUAAAUAAUUGCGUUACGAAACUUCAUCUCCAUGACAGCGGCUAUAAUAAUUGUAACAACAUUGUUUUCCAUUUCUUUUGUCAUCACGUGACUUGGUUAUUUGAAUGUUGCAGGCAGAGCUCGUCUCAGUUGAAACCAAAUUAACAUUUUUUUUUUGUUCUUUUAAAUUUAACUAUGCCCAUCAGUCUGUGAUAUACUUUUAAUUUUUCGUUUUAUUGUAAAGAGCUGAUCCAUACAUUCCAAGUUUAAAUGGAGGCAGCCUGAUGUGUGAAUGGCAGAGUUUUACUGAGAUUUUAGAAUUUUAAGAAGAGCUGUUAGAAGUCGAUACCGAAGUAUCGAAAUUUAUAGAAAAGUGUUGUAGUAUCGUUGUGUUGUAGUAUCGUUGUGUUGUAGUAUCGUUGUGUUGUAGUAUCGUUGUGUUGUAUUAUCGUUGUGUUGUAGUAUCGUUGUGUUGUAGUAUCGUUGUGUUGUAGUAUCGUUGUGUUGUAGUAUCGUUGUGUUGUAGUAUCGUUGUGUUGUAGUAUCGUUGUGUUGUAGUAUCGUUGUGUUGUAGUAUCGUUGUGUCAAAGCAUCGAGGGGAAAAGCCUCUUCCGAAUCUCAAAGAAUAAGCGUUGUGUGGAAUGUUUAUGUCGUGUUACCUUCAGAGUAAUAUGAUGAAUAAGCGUUGUGUGGAAUGUUUAUGUCGUGUUACCUUCAGAGUAAUAUGAUGAAUAAGCG